GACGUAAGGGUUUCUACCACGCCUGACCGCACGGGGGCGCUGCUGCACACUGACGUGCACUUAUUGUUCCCUAGAACGAGACAGGACGUUACCAUGACAUCAAACAAUUUACAAAUAUGUCGACUUUCUAAUCUGAAGUGAGCCCCAUGGCUAACGUGGUUCAUAGGGUCUAUUCUCCCGCCGUCACACGCCAGGUCGGAUGGUUUUUGCUGCUGUUUUCCUUGGCUCGCACUCAGAACACUCUCGUCUUCCAGCCGGCGUUUCUGACUGCAACUGGUCCAACUGUGAGCGCACUUCUGCUUGGAAACACGGCGAACGUCUCUGUGCAUCUGAGGACUGUGUCUCCAUCCAAUACCACAGGAAGUAUUGAAUCUCCAACAUGCGUGGAUGAAGCAACUCAGUGGGUGCUCACAAGAGAGCAGGUCGAAAAGACUGCAGUUCGAGUUCAGCUGAAGCUGGAUAAGAAUCUGCGUUUGUGUGGUAAGAAUGAGACUGCAGACUGCUGUCCGAAGCCACUGUGUGUCCUGGAGACCCUCCAGGUGUCUGCUUGUGUGAGCAGCGCACCUCAGGCCUCGCUGCUGAUCCAGGCCACCAUAAAUGCGCUGUUGGUUCCUGCUAAUGGUGUAUCUGAAAAUAAAACAGUGAUUCCAAACCAAGUGUACCAACCAUUAGGCUCUUGUCCUUGUGAUCUCACAUUCAGAGCAUGUGAUGUACGCUGCUGCUGCGAUAAGGAUUGUUCCACUGAAGAGCUGAGGCUAUUUGUGUCCCAGUGUUUCCCAGGGCCCUUUGGUGGACAGGUCUCCCCUGUUCCAGAGUACCAGUGCUCUGAACAAACUGCUAAAAACUCACCAGACUGGUUUCCAUUUUUAUGUGUCAAUUCUCCACUGGAAAACAACCCGUAUCUUGGUCUCUUUUACCAUGGAGACACAAUUACAUCUAAGCCUGGUCCAUCCUUCCAACGGCCUGUUUUGUCAGCUCCAGCGCCAGUUAAUGUUUACAUUCAAGGAAGUCCCAUUCUCACACUGAAUAACCAGUACUUCACAAUUCCCCAGAAAAUGCUUGGGCAGUGUGUAAACAAUGCACCUGUAGCAUUUUUGAACAAUUUUAAAGUUGACUGUAGAUCUUUGCUAAGUUUCUGUCCAACUGGAUCUCCCUUGCAUACACUACCAACAGAUUUGAGUGUCAACGUUGGGAAUGGAGAAGGAGGUGGUGUUGUAGUGGAUGUAAUUGAUGAAGUAGCUGCUGACCUAAGUCCCUUUAUUUCAAGCACAACUCUUUUUGCCUCUUCAGGUGAGAGUUUGCAAUGUGAAAAUGUGACCUUGGCACUGGACUAUAAAUUCUACUGGAAAGGAAAUGGCAUCACAAAUAUCACACUUACACGCACAGUUGGAACUAUCAUCUUCAAGGCCAGUGUGGCAUUAACUACCAGGUAUUCUGCCGUGUUUUUAAAUGGAGCAUCCGUUGGUGAGCCCAACUCAGGGAACCCAGGUUACCAGGUGGGAAGACCUGUCAUUGGCGGAAUAUUACUGGGCACUGCUGACAAUUACACAGGCUCCAUACAGAGAACAUCAGUUGAUCUUUGGAAAGCAGUGAGCGAUGGACUCUGUUCUACUGCUGAGAAAAAGCCAAUCCUCUUUGGAGAAAAUUCAACAUCAGGAUGUCUGUUACCUGUCAGCCAACAGAAUCUGAGUCAGUGCGAUCUCCUGAGAGACACCAUUACAUCUCUCCAGGGAGCUUUAAUAACUGCUAGAUAUGUGGCAAGGAAUGGAAACCCAGAUCCUUUAACUAUGACAGACUGGGUUAACAUAAGCUUUGUGACGUUAAACUCAAGUUCACUGAUGGAAGACACUACAAGUUCAUGCUAUGGGAUCCCAUCUCACUAUCACAUCCAUGUUUGGAGUUCUGUCACUGGCGUGGUGCAGGGCGUACCCCAAAGGGAUAUCCGUGCUUUGCAAGUCAGCUACAGCCUGUCAACCUGGGCCCUGGAUUGUGGAGGAGGUGUCUCCUCAUGUACCAACCCAGUGGAGACUCAACUCUUCCCCAUCACCUCCUCAGUCACCUUCAUAAACAUUCCUGUCAAUACAACACCACCAAAAACUAGAUUCCAGAUCAACUUCACAGAAUAUGACUGUGACAGGAAUGAUGUGUGUUGGCCCGAGCUCAUCUUUCCCAUCACCAAGUAUUACACAGGUGAGCCGUAUUCUCAGUCACUGGCAAAGGGCCUUAUCUUGGUGUUCUUCUUCAUUAUUGCAUCAGUUCUUGGGACUCCGUGGAGACAAAUUCGACAGGCGUGGAGCAGUGCUGCUCUCUAACACUGAGAAAACACAAAGAAGGCAGGAUAAUGGAAGAGAGGAUUAUUUAAGCCCACACAUUAGAAUAUAUUACAUACAAAUAUAGGUCUUUAGUUUGUAAAUGGUUGAGAAUGUAAAUAUCUGUUUCUGGUGCAUGUGAUUGUAAUAAAAUAUAUUUUUAAUAAUUUU